AUGGCGGMAGCAAAAACUGAGACAACAGAAGACACCACAGUUCAAAAGAACCAGACAAGACCAAGCAACCUGUGUUGUUACUCACAGAGAAUUUGUAACCUUGAAAAACUCAAAGGCUUUGAUUUCUGUCAUAAGCACAUAUUGGAGGACAAGGCCAGUCCGUUCAAGCCAUGCGAUUUUUAUGCCAAAAUCAAUGACAAGCGUUGCAUGAAUCCAGCUCCUAAGAUGCCAGAUAAUCAGAAAAGCUAUUGUUUAAUACACACAAGAAAAGCUGAGUUGCGUCGAGCAGUUGAAAAGAGGAAAAAGAAACGACAAAGGGAGCAUAGUGGUACUGUUGAAGGUGAUGGUGAAGGAAGUGKAUUUGGGAAAAGAAGAAGAACUUCUAGUUCUGCUUCACAAAAAAGUCUAGAUGGAUCACAAAGGGAUGAUGAAGCACCAUCAUCAGAUGAGGAACUGAGCACAGACUUAGGGGCUGGAGGAUCWUUGAAGGUUGAUAGUGCAUGGCAUGGGGACAUAGACAGUGAUGCUGAAUCAGUUGACAGUGAAGAAGAGGACUAUCUAAGGCAUGCUGGAACAUGGACUGUGGAUGAAGUGUCAAAAAUGUGUGUUGACAAGAUGACAAGGUUAAAGUCCCUUUACAUGGCACAGUACAAGAGACUUUUUCAUGUCUUGAAGGAGAAGAGAAGAAAGUACCUUCAACUUAUCCAAKCUGAGCAGGAGAAUGAAGGAGAGAGGCAUGCUUCUCCUUCUGAAAUACUUGGAACAUCUUCGCAUUCGAAGCGACAUGGAGUUGAAGCCAUCCUUCACAAGCAAGCUAAAGAAAAAAGACAUGGCAUUUCAUCACGGCAUCAAAACUCAACUCACCAACGAUGUACUCAUGUCAGUGACGGCAUGCGAUGYUCUAACAAGAUUUUACCUCUUACAAAGUUCUGUAUUCAUCAUAUCAGUCAUGACCCUAAUCAGCUUCUCUUCCAAAACUGUUCAUUUAAAACAGGUGACAAUAAAACGUGCAGCAAUGUGAUACCUAAAGUCUUUACCUAUUCCACUUGUCAACUGCAUGUGAGGCUGACAGCUGAGCCAAUGAGAWCAAAUGUAGAGAGUGACUUACAAGAAGCUGCCAAACGUGACCUGGAAAGGAAAGUAGGAGAAGAAUCGCUGAAAGAUGUCAAGAGUAUUCUUAAACCAUUUCCAGAUGUAUCUGAGAUGGCCAUGCAAGAUAAACAAUUACCCAUCCCUAAAGCUUUGCAACAAAAGUCAAGUGCCCUUAUCCCACCAUUAGCACCAGCGUCAACUCCAAGCAAUGCCAGUAAUACACCUGAAACUCCACACUUGGCUAGAGAUACAGUAGUGUUUAAACCUAAACAUCCAAUCCCAAAUUUGAAACUUGARAAAAUGGAUGUUGAAUCUGCUGCUGUUGAGCAGCCCCAAAAAAUAGGAUCAUCUGAAUCUACGCCGAUGGAGCUYAUGAGUCCAGCAUCUGGUACCUCAACGCCUGCAGGCAUCAAAAGCAUUUCACCAACUCUUCUUGCUGCCAGUCUAGUUGCAGUGUGCAGUGCAACRUCGUCUCCAUCUKUGACAUCUGCACCGGCUACAUCAACUUCUGACCUUACAAAGGAAUCUGUUGGUAUUACAAGUACAGCACUUUUGGAAGUACCUCCUUCAAGUGUUGUAGCUUCUGCCASUUUGCCAGUUUCAGGUGUGGCUACAACAGAGUCAUCAGCUYCUCAGUGUACUGUGACAUCUACUUCUACUUCUAUCAUUCCAUCUGAACCUAAAACAUCCACCUUGUUGUCCACAUCUGUUACAGCAGCAACUGAAUCCAGUGUUGUCACUUCUACAUCCACAGCCGUCAUUCAAUCUGAACCUAAUACAGUCACCUCUACUGCCACUUCUAUCACUCCCUCGGAACUUAGGUCAUCCAACCCUUGCUCCACAYCAAUGCCAUUGGAAACCAAUACAAUCAUUUCUACUGGAAGCUCCRCAUUAACCUCUUCAUUGGUCUCAUCUGAACCAACUACAGUCACCUCUAGUUCCACCACUGCCAUUCUCUCUGAACCUUGCACAGUGAGUUCAGAUGGCMAGAAUGAAGUAUUAGCAGAAAAGAUACCAAAGAUUACAGCUGCAACGAUUUCAGAAGCUAGCACUAACAAAAUGGUUGAUUUAAGUGCUGAUGUUUCUAAAACAUCUGGUGAAGACAAAUGUACAACUGAGGAAAAUAAAACCCAAGUCAUACCAUGUACUAAAUCAUCUUCUACAGUGACUUCUGUUACUUYUCGGGAAGCAGCAGCCACCUCCAGUAGUACAAGUAGUACAGGGACAUUAACUACAAGUCAAGYAUCAUCACCUUUAGAUAUAAACAAAGAAGCAGUUAAAGAAGAUUGUGAUAAAAGUGAUAAAAAAAUGGAUGCUUGACAAAAUAGCACAAAUAUUGUACAGUGACAUUACUUUAUAAACAUAUAUGGGUCAUGUUUAAAUYGUGAUUAUUUUGUACACUUGGCCUUUUGAGUUGGCUCUUUAAAUUGUUUUUGACAUGAGUUAGUAAAUCAACAUGAAUUAUUUAAGUAAAACAAAACAAUGAACUGUUUUCUUUUUUUUUUGGAAUGUCAUAGACCUUUACCAUAAUGGCUGCAAUUGUGU